UCCUUUACGUAGGUAGGUCCUCUUUUUCUUCAGUGACCUCGACUGCAGCAUCUAGUCUUCCUUCAAGAUGGCUGCUGGCCUGAAGCUGAUUUUUCUCUCUGCUUUGAUGCAAGGCGUGAAUGGUCAGGACUGGAAUGUGACUGUGCCGCUGAGGAUCAUGGGAGUUGAAGGCUCUUGUGUGGUUGUGCCCUGUAGUUUUACUCUCCCUGUGUCAUACACUGCAGCACUGAAUAACUGCUCUGGAGGCGCUGUGUGGAGGAAAGGUGGAAUAUCCGGCACGCAUGUUAACACCGUGAAUGUGCUGGGAGACCUGAGACAGAAAAACUGCACCACGCUUUUCAGCCGUUUCACAAAGAACCAAAACAACUUUUACUUCUUCAGACUGGAGUGUCCAAAUUCCAAUUUAAAAUACACUUUUACACAAGGGGUACAGAUCACUGUCGCAUCAGAUGUGUCCAAGCCCUCGCUGACCUCUGUGAGUCAUAUGACCAUGGGAGAUCAUGUGACCCUGCGGUGCUCCGCCCUGGCGCCCUGCCCCUCGCUGCCCCCCUCCUUCACAUGGACCGCCCCCGAGGGCAACAAGAAGGAGAGCUCACAAGUACUUAAGAGUUCAGAUGGACAGAUGAUGCUGGAGUCCACACUGACUUUCACAGCCUCAGCUCAACAUCUCAACCAGACCGUCACCUGCUCCGUGUCCUACCCUCUGUCAGCAGGGGGCAGCACCGAGGCAUUCACCACCUCCCAUGGUCUCAACGUGUUAUAUGGACCCAUGAACACUGCAGCACAUAUGAACGCCUCAGGUCCAGUCUCAGAAGGUUCUGUGGUGUUCUUCAGCUGCUCCAGCGAAGCCAACCCCCCUGUGUCUGCCUACACUUGGUUCAGCAACACCAACGGAAACAUGGUGAAGGUUGGUGAAGGACCGAUACUGCCUCUACUUGUGAAGCAGGCACACAGCGGCUUGUAUGAGUGCCAGGCUCAGAGUGUGAGAGGAACUCAGAGGUCAAAACCACUGCUCCUGGAGGUCAUAGCGCUGAAUGGAAAAACAGGAGCCUUCACCAGCAUUGGACUCUGGGUGUCCAUUGUGUGUGGAGUCUUGACUGCUCUGUGCAUCUUCUCGGUGGCACUGCUCUUCUACAAGUACAGGAGUCUUUCAAAGAGGCUGAAGCAGGUGGAGCAGAAAGACGAGAACGUUUACUCUGAUCUACAAAACAGCACCAUGUCCUCAGACUACGACAACCUCCAGGUCCACCAGUCAAAAGUGAAGACUCCUCGAAAAUGAAUUGUGCAAACUGCAGCUCUGAGAAAAGGCUUCAAGCAAAACACAGAAACAGUCUCUGAAUAAUACGAAUCUAUUUGACUUAAUUUGACAUAUCAUUUUAUUACUUGUACGUUUAGCUUCUUUCAGAAACCACAUCUCAAAGACCUAAAAAGGAAUGAAUUUGCAGAUCAUUUGAAACCAAACAAAUAGAUAAGCUCAUAUGUGGUGCCCCUGGUUGGGUGUCAGCUUCCUGUUAUGUGUAACAUUUUGAGCACUCUUAAAUUGGUAAUCACUAUAGCGACACUCCUAAUUUCUCAUCAUUCUGAAACCCGUGGGUACAGCAUUAAGCAUUGAGUCUCCAUUUCAGCACACAGACAUACAACCAUUGAUUACUCACAAUUUAUUUAGCUGGUUUCAGAAAAAAAUUUAAAAAGCACCAUUUGUUCUUUGGGAAAA